CCAAGGAUUUAUAAACACUUGAAUCACUAAGAUUUAUUUGACAGAAGAAUGCUGAUCAUCUUCUGAUCAAAAACCAGCGGAGGAAGCACAGUGUCUUGAUCGUCAAGGUGCACAAGGACAGAACAAGCGACCAGACAGAAGCUUUAUGAGCUCAGGUCAGAGCCUGCUCAGGUGUUGGAGUGGAGUUAACAAGAUGCUGCCACUGGAGAUACCCACCUUUGACCACUCGGUGGUCGAAACAUUGCCUGAAGUCACCACCUUUCUGCUUUUACUGCUGCUGCUGGUGCUGCUCUGCACUACCUGGAAGCGAACACACCAGUCACACAUACCAGGUCCUUCCUUCUUGGCAGGACUCGGCCCUGUCCUCUCCUACAGCAGAUUCAUCUGGACUGGUAUAGGAACAGCAAGCAACUACUACAACAACAAAUAUGGCAGCAUUGUUCGCGUCUGGAUUAAUGGCGAGGAGACCAUCAUUCUGAGCGGGUCUUCAGCGGUGUAUCAUGUUCUGAGGAGUGCCAACUACAUAGCCAGGUUUGGCAGCAAAGCAGGGCUGGAGUGUAUUGGGAUGGAAGGAAGGGGCAUCAUUUUCAACAGUGAUGUCCCACUCUGGAAAAAACUGAGGACAUAUUUUUCUAGAGCCCUGACAGGACCGGGCCUCCAGAGGACAGUGGGAAUCUGUGUGAGCUCCACAGUCAAACACCUGGACCGCCUGCAGGAGAUGACCGACCCCACUGGACACGUGGACUCUCUCAAUCUGCUGAGAGCCGUAGUGCUGGACGUCUCCAACAGGCUUUUCCUCAGGGUGCCGUUCAAUGAAAAGGAUUUGCUGAUGAAAAUUCAAGCCUACUUUGACACCUGGCAAGCAGUUCUAAUAAAGCCAGAUAUAUUCUUCAAGGUUGGAUGGCUGUACAACAAGCACGAGAGAGCAGCCCAAGAGCUCCAAGAUGCGAUGGAGAGCCUUCUUGAAAUUAAAAGAAAGAUUAUAAACGAGUCUGAGAAGUUGGAUGAUCUUGACUUUGCUACAGAGCUCAUCUUUGCUCAAAACCACGGAGAGCUUUCAGCAGAUAACGUCAGACAGUGUGUACUGGAGAUGGUGAUUGCAGCACCUGACACACUGUCCAUCAGCCUCUUCUUCAUGCUGAUGCUGCUGAAACAAAACCCAGAUGUGGAGCUGAGGAUAGUGGAGGAGAUGAACGCUGUCCUGAUUCCAGAUGAAAAAGGUGCUGAACACGUAGAUUAUCAAAGCUUGAAAGUGCUGGAGAGUUUCAUCAACGAGUCUUUGAGGUUUCACCCUGUGGUUGAUUUCACAAUGCGAAAAGCUCUGGAGGAUGACAUCAUCGAAGGCACUAAAAUUAGAAAAGGAACCAACAUCAUUUUAAACGUUGGACUCAUGCAUAAGACUGAAUUCUUCCCAAAACCCAAAGAGUUCAGUCUGACAAACUUUGAGAAAACAGUGCCCAGUCGUUUCUUCCAGCCCUUUGGCUGUGGGCCUCGCUCCUGCGUGGGAAAACAUAUCGCCAUGGUGAUGAUGAAGGCCAUCCUGGUCACUCUGUUGUCCCGUUACACUGUGUGUCCUCGUCAAGGCUGCACGCUUAACAGCAUCAAGCAGACCAACGACCUCUCGCAGCAGCCCGUGGAGGACGAGCACAGCCUGGCCAUGCGCUUUAUCCCUCGAACAAUACAACCCCAAAGCUGCCAGCAGUGAGAUGCGAUGAUCGUGUUUUGGUUUGGUUGGUUUUAGUAGGUAUGAAGGGGAUGGACACACAAAGCUGCUGAUAUUUGUUGGCCAAGUUGUAGGGAAAACAACAAGACAUGAAUUCUAGUACUCUCAUAGUUCUGUAUUUUCUUGUUAGAUUUCAAAGAGUAAGUAAUGUGACAGCAGAUGUUUUUCCUAUUUUGACAUUACUGACCUUUAGGCAAGUGCAAUUGAAGAUUUAAGCCGAUAAGUGGAAGCAUGAUUUCCUGGCCUGGGGGGAAGCACUGUGGAAACGCAGGAUGGACAGCUUUUUGUUUUGUUGUCUUGAGAUGUCACAGACCUGGACUGAGACAAACAGCUUCAGUCAGAUGUUCAAUCAUGUUAAUGAAGCAGCUGUGGUCUUGUCACAUAUGUGUACAGUACAUAUCCAGUAUCAUUGUGAAAA